UACCUUCCUGCAGGAAUGUAGGAUUGAUACAGGGGCCGGGGGAUCAAGCUCUGUGCACGGGGACUCGCUUCCCCCAAGGAGCUUCUCACUGGGGUAAGAAUAGGACGGACCCGGGAGGGUUUGUGUGUAUAAGCGGCGGGGCUGGACGCGUUGUGUACGAAGCCAGCAGCUGGUGGACCACAGUGUGAUUGGGUGGGGUCGGUGGACCAGACCCAAAGUAUUGUCACCCUGAGUAGCUAAAGGACUAUUGCAGUUUGAAGUUAAGAGGGCAACUGCCUUAUUUUUGGAGAAAAGCGGAGAAGGCAAAGUAUAACUUUGUAUUUUCCUGCUCUGUUGGAACUGGAUGAAGAAAAAGAAUGGAUAUGGGUAACCAACAUCCUUCUAUUAAAAGGCUGCAAGAAAUACAGAAAGAAGUCAAAGAGUUUGAAUCACAAGUAGUAGCCUUCAGUGGUCUGUCCAGUGAUAGAGCUUACAAGAAAUUAGAAAGAGCUUUGACUAAACAGCUUUUUGAAAUAGAUUCUGUGGAUGCUGAAGGAAGAGGUGAUGUUCAGCAAGCCAGAAAGAGGGCUGCCCAAGAAACGGAGAAGCUGCUUAAGGAACUGGAGCAGAAUGCAAACCAUCCCCAAAGGCUGGAGAUAGAAUCCAUAUUUAAUGAGGCACAAGCAUUGGUGGAGCAAGAAAUCACACCUUUUUAUAAAGGAGGCAACUGUGUAACUGAGGAAUUUGAAGAAGGUAUACAGGAUGUAAUUUUUAGGCUCACUCAGGUAAAAACUGGAGGGAAAAUUUCUCUGCGAAAAGCCAGAUAUCGCACCCUGACCAAAAUAUGUGCUGUUCAAGAAAUUAUAGACAGUUGUACAAAGCAGCAGCCUUCCCUGCCAUUGUCCAGUGAUGCACAUCCUUCUGUUUCCAAAAUUAAUUCUGUCAUAGGAGAUGUGAACAAAGCAAAAGGGACUCUUAUUGCUGUAUUAAUGGGAGUAAACAACAAUGAGACCUGUAGACAUUUAUCCUGUGUACUCACAGGCCUGAUUGCUGAUCUGGAUGCCUUGGAUGUGUGUGGCCACCCAGAAAUAAGAAACUAUCGUAAAGAAGUAGUGGAAGAGAUCAAUAGAUUGCAAAAAUAUCUGGAUCUGGAAGAAGAAGCAGAUUCCACUUAUGCUUAUGAGUUGGCACAAAACAGAUGCAUUAUAAAAAUAGAAGAAAUACGCAAGAACAUGAAAGAAGUUAAAACUUCCCUUUUAAAAAUAGAGAAAGCUUCAGAUUUGUAUCUAAGGUCAAAAACAGAGCUGCAAGGGUUAAUCGCCCAGUUGGAUGAAAUAAGCCCAGGCAAAAAUCCCUGCAUCCGAGAAGCUAGGAGGCGAGCAGUGAUAGAAGUGCAAACCCUCAUAACUUAUAUUGACUUAAAGGAGGCACUCGUCAAACAAGAAACCUUUGUAGAACAAACAGAAACAGAAGUCCCAUCACAAAAAGCGGUUUGGAAUAUUCUAGGAAAUGUGGCUCAGAUUCAGCAAGAGGUGUUGUCUUUUGAUGGGAACAGAACUGAUAAGAACUACAUGAGACUAGAGGAGCUCCUCACCAAACAGCUUCUAGCACUUGAUGCUAUAGACCCUCAAGGAGAUGAGCGCUCAAAAAUAGCUAGGAAACAGGCAGUGAAGCUUGCACAGAACAUUCUUUACUAUUUGGACAUGAAAACAGAUGAAUGGGAGUACUAAAAUAAUAUUGGUCUUGUGUGCUAGAUGUUGGUUUCUCUCUCUUGCACUUUAUACAGUCAGUCUCCCAUAACUACAAGGCCAACAGUUCCAUCAUUUGCUCAUCUCUUUGUGGUUGAGUAAAAGUUGGAUUGGGUUAAGCAGCAACUUCUUCCUGCUGGUGCAGUCAGGCAGGGAAGGCAGUCCAUGUGCCAAUUACGUUACAAUUUUUGUCACAGCCUGUUUUCUGUCGCUUGCAUGAUUUGUGAAGAAGACUCGCAGAACUGCAUCUCCAGCUGUUGCCUAAAGCUUUCUAUAUAGAAUUCUUCUACAUCAAGACAAAAUACAGUCUUGUAAAAUCAGUCAAAGCAAAACUAAAGAGAAAGUCCAGAGCAAAUGUCAGUCACCCUUAAACCAGUUUAGAUGUUGCAGUUGUCUGGUUUAAUCCAGUUGCAAUCCAAAGGAUUAAAUGCAAAUUACUCAUGGCUAAUUUGUGUGUUUCUUGAUGAUUUGAGAUUUUUUUAAUAGUUUGGCAUAAUAUGAGAAACAAGUACCUCUAGAAUAUAGAUAUAAGUUGCAGUCACAUACUUUCUACUGAUUUCCAUAGGAUUAUUUCAGAAUUGAUUAACAGCAGCUACAGUCAAUCAAUUUGUACAUUCUGGAGUUCUCAUUAUGUAAACCAGAAUAUAGGAAUGGUAGGACUUUAAAGAUAGAAUGCACAGCAUAGUUUGAACAAUAUAUAUUUCCUGAAUUAUGCUGAACUUUUCAAUAAUCAACAGUGACCCUGAAUUUGGGAUCUGAAUAGCUGUGGAGAUAUUUUCCUUUAAUUUUGUGAUGAUUUGGUAGAUAUUGGGCAGCUUGUCAAAUAUUCCUUUGCAUUUUUCUAGAUUGAUCCAGUAUUUCUUUUUGCAUACUAAGCUUGGCACAGAAAUGUUACUUUUUCUAAGAUUUCAUGUGUUGCUAUUAUACCCUUGAUUGUCUAGCCUUUUGUUGUUUUAAAUUAUUUUACUGAUUUUUAAAAUGCUGUUCAUGAUCUAUGGAGGCAGCAGAUAUUUCUUCUGUCUUACGUUUUUCAUCUUUCAAUCCAUCAGAAUGACAAACAUUUCAGAAAACAGAAUUUAAAAAAUAAAAAUAUUGCUAUCUGUUACUUUAACUGUCUUGAAUAGGUUACAUGUACCAUUCCUCAGUAUGAAAGGAAAAGUUGCUUGUGGUUUUUUUAUCCUUUUGUCCUCCACUACCUUUUUAUCUUCACCGAAGCCUCAUAGUUUAUUAACUGUGUCUGAUCAUAUUUCUGAAUACACCAAACUUGGUCAGUUUAGGUAUAAUUGUUCCCUGUUGCUUAUAAAUUCAGAAUAAUAGAAAUCAACAGCAAUCAUAUUUUUUAGAAUGCAUUGUUAGUACCCUGAAGAAGUCUGCAGUCAAUCGAAGUAAUAAGUAGAAUAAAUGAUGUUUCUAAUCCAGCCUCUAUAAUCAAAAUUACUGGCUUGUAGAAGAUUAUUUCUACAGUACAUGAUUAAUGCAUGCUAAGAUAUUGCAUUGAUGUCUGUGAAUAAGAUUUUAGUAUAGAAUUAAAAGGCAUAAGGCUUAUUCUUAGUAAACAAGUGCCUUUUAAAUGACCUUUGAAUUUGUAGCACCUUGUAGCUAUGACUGCUGCAAGUUGGCUUCAUGGUGUUUUUCAGUUAAGUGUUUUCCGUAUUGUGGAUUACUUAUCCACUACAGCUUUUAAAAAGCUACCAUAUUUGUCAGGCUGUGCUGUCAUAUUAGCAAGCAACUGAAAGCUAGAUGACCACCAACUCCAUUUGCUUAGUUUUGUCCUUGGCCUAAUCCCAUUGGCUCAAUUGCUCUGAUCUCUUGUGCGUCUCAAUUCUGUAAGCUGGAAGAAAGGAGUAGUGGCUCAGUUUACUUUAAAAUUAAUUUUGAUCUUGCUGCACAAAAGGUUUUUUUUAAAAAGCUUAAUGUAUUUUUUGUUGUUGUUACAAUAUAUUAGUGAAUCUUUGUCAGUGACCAGGGUUUUAGGUCUAGGCUUAAUAGAGCCCAAAGCUGAAUAAUAAGCUUUUUGCUUAUAAGCUUCAUCAUCAGUGUCUUUAUUUUGUCCUUUUUCCUGUUGAUUAAAAAAAUUAUUUUACAUGCUUGUACUGUUCUAGUUUGUGUCCUUAGUAAAUUGGCUGGCAUAUCUCAUUAAAAUAUUUUCACUUUCAGUAGGAGUUUUCAUUCUGGCUACAUGGGUUUUGGUCCCAACUCUGCACACAUAUAGAGCUCCCAUAUGAUUUGGAUUCCCCAUUAAUAUAAUUUUCAAAACAGUAAUACAAGUUUUUUCUUCUAGUCCCCUUUUCCCAUAUAGGACUUCAGCUUCCAUGUGGAAGCCAUUGCUUAUUUGAAUACUCUGAAAUGAGAUGGUAGUAUUCUUCAGAGAACAAAUAAAUAAUUGGUUGCAUAUCUACUUGUCCCUCAGCUCAUAGAAAACUCUUCGCCAGAAGACAUCAUUAUGAAUGAAAGGAGAAAGAUGAUUACAGCUGAGUCUUCUCUUUAACUCCCUGGGUUCCAUAAAAUCAGCUUCAGUUGUUGGGCAGCAGCAUUAAAUGUGGUAUUGGUAACUGUAGAAGAAAGGGCAAGCUUAUAUUUGGAUUUAGUUUUUAUGCUGUUAAUGCUUCAGAAACAGAUUCCUAAUGUGAGAUCCUGGUUAAUGCUUCAUGUAUCUUGCCUGAAUUCUGUUCUCAAUAAAUUCCAGCUAGUGGAAGAGGAGAGAGUCCUUCCUUCUCAUGUAGUUCUGAAGAUUUUUAGCAGUGGUUUGGGGAACUUUAAAAUCACACAUGGUUUAGGGUGGUUUAAAAAUAAUGGGGAAUUGCUAAAAACUUUAUCCUGCUUCUUCCAACUGUAUCAGAACAUGUUUCCCUUCUGCAACUGAAGACCAUUCUGUUUGCACUACAUGCAUCCAAACUGAUUUUUUUGUUUGUUGUUUGUUUUAACUUUUAACAUUAAAACUUUCUAUUAACUUUUUUGUUCAUAUUUUACACAUAACUGGAGUGCUGUUAUUCUAAAGUUCAACGUGUAGGCUUCUAUUACUCAGGGACAUUUUAAAGUUCUCAUAAAUCUUGUUAAAGUUGCAGGUUUUAAAGGGAAUGUGUAAUAAAAUUAGAUACUGUAAUAGAAGCAUAAUUUCCCAUUUUUCUAUUUAAAAAAGAAUCUAUAGCUCCCAAAUUUAAAUGUGCUUUGCUAAUCUAUAUUAUUUAGUAUAAUUAUAAAUCUGAUUUUUGCAUGAAUAAAUAUUAUAAAGUAAAUAAGAUAAACCAAAAAUGAACUUUGUGAAUUAGUUUUGCACUUUUAAGAAUUCUUUUUCUACUUAAUAUGCAAGCAGGUUAGAGCACAUACUUUCCACUGCAGUGAUUUAACAGACUAUUCUGCAUUUCUAUAUUGGACUAAAUCAGAGGGUUUUUUUAACAUAAAGGCUUUUGUGCAAUGCCAUAACAUUUAGGGCAAGAAACCAGUGUAAUUCUGCUGAAUUACAUCAUGAUUUUGAUUGUAUUGCUUUGGAUUUUCAGUUGAUCUAAAUAGCCUUGUUCUACUAGCUUCCUGAUAACCUUUGCCAGCAACCAUGAUACAAUUUCCUUUUGAGUAGGUUGAAAUUGACUACUCUGAUAUAAUUGGCAAACCAUUGUAAUCAGCUUUUACAAUUAAGCUUUCUCUGGGUGCUAGACCUUUAAGUGGUACAUAUUUUGUUGUAUGUUAAACUUGAAAACUAUGAGAACAAGCCACCACAUGGAUGGAGCUUGCUUUUUUGGAAGAUGUGUACUAGCUGAUGUUUAUGUAUUGCAUUGUUCAGUGUUAACAGAUUCAGAAAUCAAAUCUUAAUAAAAUAUUUGGAUGUUGCUUUCUUGACAGUUCAU